CAUUCCUGUUGCAACAAGCCUGACAACAACUUGACAAUUUUACAAGAAACCAUGGAGUUAUGCGCCGAAGACAUCAAGAAACACAAACCAGCAUUGUUUUGCAACAUUAAGAUCUUUGUGUUGUGUCAUGGCCUGCUUCAACUCACACAGCUUAUGUAUAGCUCUUACUUAAAGAGCACCAUCACCACAAUUGAGAGACGCUUUGGCCUGGAUAGCCUCUCCUCAGGAACCAUCUCUUCCCUCCAUGAGGUAGGAAACACAGUGUUUAUAGUAUUUGUCAGUUACAUGGGUAGUCGGGUGCAUCGACCUCGUUUCAUUGGACUGGGUGGCCUGCUGAUGUCCAUUAGUGCCAUGAUUCUAGCGCUACCUCACUUCCUGUUGGAGCCCUAUUCUUUUGACUCUGUCCUACAUGCAGCAAGCAGACAGGACAUGUGCUACUUGCAAACUAAUGCAACAGGUACAAAAGCUUGUGGUCAGGAAGAUUCACAGAAGCUUGCAGACACAAGUAAAUUUUGGGGUUUAAUAGCUUUUGCCCAACUGCUGUUUGGCAUCGGCUCUGUUCCAAUCCAACCUUUUGGAAUAUCUUACAUAGAUGACUUUGCUGGGCAAGGGAAUUCUCCUCUUUAUAUUGCUAUUCUCUUUGCAGUGUCAGUGUUUGGUCCAUCUUUUGGAUAUCUCCUGGGCUCUGUGGUUCUGAGAAUUUAUGUGGAUGUGGACCGAGCUGAUGCAGGGGCUGCAUUGGAGUUGACUCCUUCUGAUCCUCGCUGGGUCGGUGCAUGGUGGAUGGGUUUGCUCAUCACUGCUGGAGCUCUCGCUCUUACCUCCAUUCCUUACUUUUUCUUUCCAAGAUCCCUCCACGUGGAGAAGAUUUUCAACCCGGAUGCUGAAAUCAUGAAAGAUGCCCACAACAAGACAGAGAGCUCCAUGCUGGAUUUCUUAAAAAUGUUCCCGAAGAUGCUUGUUAAGCUUCUGCUGAAUCCACUCUUCAUGCUGCUAGUUCUGACCCAGUGCUGUUUCUCCUCUGUGAUCGCGGGACUUGCUACCUUUCUCAACAAGUUCCUGGAAUGCCAGUACAGUGCCUCUGCAGCCUAUAGCAGCCUUCUUAUUGGUGCUCUUAAUCUGCCUUCUGUUUCUGUGGGAAUGGUGCUCGGGGGACUUGUUAUGAAGCGCUGGGGCUUGUCAUUCAGAAUCAUUCCACGUUUCUCUGUUGCAAUGCUCACCAUCUCCCUCAUUUUCUGUGUGCCUCUCUUCUUCAUGGGCUGCUCCACGCAAGAUGUUGCUGGUGUUUAUCCUAAAACAUAUAAUGGCAAUAAUGGGCUGCUGCUAUCCUGUACUGACAACUGCUCCUGCCCCAGGAGUGCCUUUAACCCAGUGUGUGGAGAAAACCAUAUUGAAUACGUCUCACCCUGCCAUGCUGGCUGUACAAACUUCACCAUGGAUUCUAAGAACCCAUACAGAGUCCAUGUUUUCAGUAACUGCCAGUGUGUUCCUGACAUGGGCACUGCCAAGCCUGGCCCUUGUGCCAAUACCUGCCCUCACUAUCUACUGCCAACAAUGUUCCUCAUCUCUCUGGCUGGGCUAAUUGCUAGCCUAACACACAAUCCUAUCUACAUGAUGGUGUUGAGAGCUGUUCCUGCUGAAAAGAAGUCUUUUGCCAUAGGUGUUCAAUUUCUGCUUCUGAGGGUUCUAACUUGGUUGCCAGCUCCAACCCUGUUUGGGAUGACCAUUGACUCCACAUGUAUCUGGUGGAAAAAUGCUUGUGGUAAAAAGCAAGGCUGUGGUUACUAUGACAACAAUCUCCUUAGGAACAGGUAUCUAGGACUUCAGGUGAGCUAUAAGACAUUAGGCAUUAUUCUAAUGGCAUUUAUUGGCUGGAAAAUGCACCGGACCAGAGAGUACAGCUUAGAGAAAAGGCAUGAUGGACCACUGUGAUGCCUAAAACAUACAUAGUAUGGUGAAAUGCUUUUUACAAAUGUUAUAAUUAAGGUUAUAAAACUACAAUUAUAUAUAUAUACAGUAUAUAUCACAUAACUAUACAUGAAGAGUUUGGUUCCUAAAUGAGAUAACUUUUAUUUUUCAUAAAUCAUCUUUUUUUAUUAUGUCCUAAAUAAAAUGUCUGUUUACUAUUCUUUGGUUAAUAUUUAAAGAUAUAGUUCACCCAAAAAUGCAAAUGCUGUCAUGAAUUACUUACUCUCUAGUUGUUUCAAACCUAUACAUUUUUUGUUUGGUAAACACAGAGAAAGAUAUUUGGGCAAAUCUUUGUAACCAAAUAGUUCUCAAACUAUAGUUAAAAGUGCCCCAGAAUUGUUUACUGUCCAACAUUCUUCAAAAUAUCUUCUUCUGUGUUCAACAGAACAAAAACAAAUAUAAAGUAAGUUUCGCUACUAUGGUGGCCAAUGGGGUCCAAUAAUUGUUUGGUUGUAAGCAUUCUUCCAAAGAUCUUUCUCUGUGUUCAUCAGAACAGAGAAAUGUAUACAGCUUUGGAACAACUUGAAGGUGAGAAAACGAUGACAGAAUUUUCGGGUUAACUAUUUCUUUAUCAUUUGGUUAAUAUACUUUUUUUUGAGACUAUGCAAUAUAUAAGAGCCUUUGUAUAAGGGACCAAAUGUUUGUUAAAUGUUUUUUUAAUCUAAUUUUGCCAUUUAAAUAAACCAUUUAUAUAUAGUUUUUAUCAUGUUUUUUAGUCACAUUUAUAAAAUAAUCUUGUUAUCACUGCUUAGCAUAACAAAUAUUAUUGUGCAAUAACUUUUGUAUAACAAUGUAUUAGGGAUGAAACAAUAUUACUGAUAUCAUGUUAUCCCAAUAGCAACAUUAUGUCAAUAUUAUCAUGGUCACAUGACUGUAUGAAACGAUAGUACUUACUGGCCUUACAUAGAGAUUGUUAGAAAAAAUUAUAGAUACUACCUUUGGCAAGGUCCAUCUGGUGAAAUUAUUUUAUUUCAUGAAUGGAUUUAAGUAAUUUGACCCAUUUCAAACUAAAACUCAUUCCUCUAAGCAACAUUUGCUAAUGAUUAGAAGAUAAAGAAAAGAGGAUACUUAUGGCACAUUUGUCAUAAUAAAUAUUGCCAUAAUUAUCGUACAGUGGACAUUAUACCAAGGUAUUAUCGUCCAGUGAGAUUUUAAUAUUGUCACAUCCCCUCAAUCUAUGCAAGUUAUUUCAGAUAUAAAUUUUAUUCACAAACAACAAA